UUGUGGUUGAACCUUGGUUGAUUUGUGGUGAUUUUAAUUGUAUUGCUGCGCCUAAUGAAAGGGUGGGUCCUACCCCCCCUACGGCGUAUGUAAUGCAACACCUUUUUGACUUUAAGGUCGCGGUUAGCCUACAAGAUGCACCCUCCACGGGAGAGUUCUUUACUUGGAACAAAGGUGCACUUUGGGCCAAGCUUGACCGUGUUUUGAUCAACGAUGUUUGGGGAAUCAAUAGCAUAAGGUGUACGGCCCAUUUCCAUGAAAUGGAGGUGGAGUUUGACCAUACGGCCUCCGUUGUGUCAAUACUCCUUAAUUCCUCUCCAAGGCCUAAACCUUUUAAAUUUUUUAAUAUGUGGAUGAAGCAUCAUGAUUUUGCUAAUUUAGUAGGGCAGCAUUGGAAUCAAGUGAUUGAAGGUACGGCUCAAUUCUCCAUGGUGAGGAAGCUAAAGUUUCUUAAAAGGCCACUUAAGAACCUCAACACCAAUGAAUUUGGACAUAUCUCCAACAAAGCUAAAAUGGCGAAGGAAGAAUUUCAAAGAUUGCAUAAGCCUGUCCUACAAUAUCCAUUGGAUGAGGGUCUCCAAAGCCAAUUGGAGGAGGCUACCAAGAGGGCAAGGUUUCUUAGUGAGGCCGAGUGUAGCUUUUUCCAACAAAAGGCAAAGGCGACUCACAUCCUUGAAGCGGAUAAGGGGACAAGGUACUUUCAUGCAAUUGUGAAGAGGAAAACUACAAAGAAUACCAUAGCGGCUAUUACUCUUGAGGAUGGGAGUCUCACCACCUCUUUGGAGCAAGUUGGGUUUGGGCUUCCCGGAGAAGUUUAUUGCUUGGAUCAUGGAAUGUGUAACAACCGCAUCGUUUUCGGUAUCCUUGAAUGGGUUGCUAUACAGAUUUUUCAAAGGAAAGAGAGGAAUUAGACAAGGAGACCCGAUGUCCCCCUUGCUCUUUGUUAUGUGUUUGGAAUAUUUUUCUCGCAUGCUUACUUUUAGAACCAAAGGACCAAACUUUAAUUUCCAUCCCCAAUGUGCAUCACUUGGCAUUUCCCACCUAGCCUAUGCAGAUGACCUUAUUCUUUUCUCUAGGGGUGACACUUUUUCAAUUGAAAUCUUGGUCAAUGCCCUUAAAGAAUUUGGGGAUGCAUCGGGCUUAAUGGUGAACCAUGAUAAAUCCAAUAUUUUCAUGGGGGGAAUUAAAGAUAAUGAUCUAAGGGAGAUCAUGGCCCUUGUGGAUUUUGGGCGUGGCCAAUUCCCGGUUAAAUACCUUGGAAUCCCACUUAAGAUUUCGGUUCCACAAUAUGCACCUCUAAUUGAUUCCACAUCUGAAUUUCUUGCUGCAUGGAACACAAAGACCCUUUCCUAUGCCGGAAAAUUAGAGCUAAUAAGAUCGGUUAUCCAAGGGGUACAAUCUUUUUGGCUCCAAGUUUUCCCGGUCCCCCAAACCAUCCUUGAUAGGAUUGUCUCUAUUUGUCGUAUCUUUUUAUGGGGUGGGAAAUAUUCUAAAGUGGCUUGGGAUGACAUUUGCCUUCCAAGAGAGGAGGGGGGUCUUGGCAUUCAUGAUGCCAAGACUUGGAACCAUGCCCUCCUUGCUCGCACACUUUGGGAUGUCCAUAGGAAAAAGGAUACCUUAUGGGUUAGAUGGGUCAAUGGGAUCUACCUCAAAGGUAGGAGUGUGUGGGAUUUUAUCCCACACAAUCGUGACUCAAUGUUCAUGAAGAAAUUGAGCCAUAUCCGUGACCGAAUUGUGGGGUGCUUUAACAACCUAAAUGAUACUAUCAUGGGACGUAAUGCAAGAUCUAUAAAUGGGAAGCUUGUUUCCGGAAAGAUUU